AUGAAGUUCGCUUUUAUAGCAGUGAUUUUUGGAAUAUCGUUGGCUUGGGGAGACGUUAGUACCCGGCAUACUAACCUCAAGUGUGAGUUUCCGGAUAAAACGUACCUGCAGAUACUUGUCUGCCGCCUGAAGGUGCUGGGACGUGGCAUUAUCGGAGCUAAUGUCCACCUCAAAGCCCUAAAUCUUCCAAUUCGGAAGGUUCAAAUCAACUAUAGCGUGUGGAGGAAAUUAUCCGGCUACCAUCCGUUCCUGUUCAACGUCACCGUUGACCUUUGCCACUACAUGCAGCACCCGAAUCCGUUGACUGUCUUCUACUACUUCUACGGUGCCAUGUUGCCAUUCAUUAAUGUGAAUCACACGUGUCCCUUCAAUCAUGACAUUAUUCUAAAGAACUUCGUUUUGGAUAACAAAAUGUUCAACCGAGUUCCCAUACCGAAGGGCAGCUACAUGUUCAUGAUCAAAAUAAGCUCCGAGGGAGUCUGGAGGGGCACCAUCUACGACUACUUGGACGUUAAUGUGGAUGAUGCUCCCAGUAUAAAGUCUGGAUAG